CAGAGAGAAACACUCACACGUACACACAAAAUGGAUUGUGUAGAGAUGGAUAAGGAGAGACUCACAGCGGAGAUGGCCUUUAAGAACUCCUCCGCCGUUAUCAAAAUCCGUCAACGUUUGCCGGACUUUCUACAGUCCGUUAGGCUCAAAUACGUCAUGUUAGGUUAUGGCUACUCUUGUAACCCUGCUAUUCUCAUGUUUCUCAUGGUUGUACCUUUAUUCAUAGCCACACUUGUUCAAUUCACUGGUCUAGAACUAGACCGGUUUUAUGAAUUGUGGAGGACCCAAUCCCUUCAUGACUUCGAUGUGACCACAAGACUUGCCGGUUCAGCCAUUUUGCUCUUUCUUCUUGCAGUCUUUUGGACUAAACGGUCCAAGCCAGUGUAUCUAGUCGACUUUGCAUGUUACAAACGGGAAGACGAGCGUAAAACGUCGUUCGAGACAAUUUUAGAAAAGGCAAAAGAACUCGGGACAAUUGACGACGAGACUCUUCGAUUUCAGAGAAGGAUAUCAACCCGGUCCGGUCUUGGCGAAGAAACAUAUAUCUCAAGAGGAUUAUUGUCUCAGCCACCUAAUUUGUCUAUGGAAGAAGCCCGGUACGAGGCCGAAUCGGUCAUGUUUGGUGCACUAGAUGCUCUUUUUAGCAAAACCGGAGUUGAGCCAAGAGAUAUUGGUAUCCUUAUCGUGAAUUGCAGCUUGUUUAAUCCCACACCGUCUCUGUCUUCAAUGAUAGUGAAUCACUACAAGCUUAGAACGAAUAUCAAGAGUUACAAUCUUGGUGGCAUGGGUUGCAGUGCAGGGCUUAUCUCUAUUGACCUCGCUAAAGAUCUACUCAAAGCAAACCCCGAUACGUAUGCUGUCGUGGUAAGCACUGAAAAUAUUACUCUUAACUGGUAUUUUGGUAACGAUAGGUCAAUGUUAUUAUGCAACUGCAUAUUUCGCAUGGGGGCUGCUGCUGUUCUUCUCUCGAACAAGGCACGGGAGCGUGCCCGGUCCAAGUAUCAGCUGGUCCACACGGUUCGAAUCCACAAAGGAGCAGAUGAUAAAAACUACCGAUGUGUCUAUCAAAGAGAGGAUGGUAAAGGAAAUGUCGGGGUGUCAUUAGCUCGUGAAUUAAUGGCGGUAGCUGGCGAUGCAUUGAAAACGAAUAUCACUACACUGGGUCCUUUAGUACUGCCUUUAAGCGAACAAUUCAAGUUUUUUGUCACACUUGUUAGAAGAAAGCUGUUGAAAGCUAAAGUUAAGCCUUACAUACCUGAUUUCAAGCUCGCCUUUGAACAUUUCUGCAUCCAUGCUGGGGGUAGAGCUGUUUUGGACGAGAUGCAAAAGAAUUUGCAACUCAGUGAUUGGCACAUGGAACCAUCGAGAAUGACUUUGCACAGGUUUGGCAAUACAUCGAGUAGUUCCUUGUGGUAUGAACUGGCUUACGCGGAGGCAAAGGGUCGGGUCUCGGGGGGAGACCGGGUAUGGCAGAUUGCAUUCGGGUCGGGUUUCAAGUGCAACAGUGCGGUUUGGAAAGCACUGAGGAAGAUUCCAGCUGGUGAGUCAAAGGGUAACCCGUGGAUUGACUCAAUUGACAGGUACCCGGUCAAGGUCCCUGUUGCCUAAUUGUGUAUGUGGUGGCACUGUAUCACUGGAUGCGGCAGUACAUUUGGAUGUUGACGUGGCUCUGUGGAUCUUAGAUUUUACUGUUUUUAUUUUUGACCUUUCUUCCUUCUUCGUGUCAAAAUAUAAUGACAUCGUUGUCGUUUGUCUAUCUUUGGCGGGUAUUAAUAUGCUGAAUCAAUGUGCAUGGGCC